AUGUGCGCUAAGCGGAAAUGUCUAGUUUCGUUCAUUGUGAUACUCCAUUUGGUGCUGGAAAUCUCAACCAAAUGGGAGUUCACCAAUUUAAAAUGCACUUCCCUGGAUGAAGACUUUACCCAGUUCGAAUAUUGCUAUUUGAAGUCGAUUAAUCGAACGUACAAGUAUGCUUCCUUAAGAGCCAAGUUACUGCAGAUUCCUGUUACCAAAAUCAAGUUAAAAUUUGCAUUGUUCAAACGCUUUAGUGGCUAUAGGCCGUUCCUCUACAAUAUGACAGUGGAUUCGUGCCGGUUCUUGGCACAUCAAAAAUCAUACCCAGUUGCUUCCUUCUUCUACAAUCUCUUCAAGAACUUCUCCAAUAUGAAUCAUACCUGUCCCUACAAUCACGAUCUGGUAAUCGAUAAAGUUUCUGGCAGCUUUAUGAAUCACCAGUUUACAAAAAUUCUACCAUUUCCUGAGGGCGAUUAUCUUAUAGAAACAACAUGGAUUGCUUACGAUAUUAGCCGUGCUGAGAUGAAAAUCUAUGGAACUUUAUCUUGA